AUGAACGAAGAUCCACGAGGGGCGCCGGCCUCCGCGGCGCCCCACCCAAGGCUGGCGACGCGCCCCGUGCAGCUGGUCUGGGGGCCCCAAUCGACCGGCGGCAUCCCCCUCCAAGUGCAGCCCGUGCGCGCCACACCCGCAGACCGCGUCGGAGGCCUGCCGGUCCAAAUCGUGGGCAGGGGGUGCCCAAGCUUUGGCUCGCUGCCCGUCGGCUAUGAUGACCACCGGGGCGCUGAGGCCACGGCGGGCCCGUCUUCGGAUGCCCGCGCGGUUCGCGGUGGGCUGGCAUCCGAUGGGGACGAGCCGGCGAAGGGCCAGAAGGAGGGGUCCAUGCACCGCGCGUCGGGCCCCAUCAUCGCGCCUGGCGGCCUGUCUCCCAGAAUGGCUGAGUCGCUGCUGCGGGGUUUGAGGAUAAUUUCGAGGGCUGAUGGCGCCCAGGAGGGCGACCCACAGCUCUGGCCCGCCCUGGUGGGCGUCAACAAUGCCAUCCAGGGCGUUCAAGUGCCCUUGGCGUCUCCAUCAGCCACGCAGGGUCCGGGUGGAGCCCAGACCCUGGCAGAGGAACAAGCGAGGCAUGGGGCCUCUCUGGGGAUGCACAUCCCACAAGUGCCGAGAGCGCAGGCGGCUGGGGCCAGGCCUGGGCCGCGGGGUGUUUUGGUUCCCGCCACCUUUGCGGACAAGGGCUUGAUCGGACAGUCAGUUGAGACAAAGGAGGGUCACGGCGAAAUGGAAGCAGGGCCGCGCCCGCUGCAAACUGCCGUGUUCUCCACGCCCCUUGCUUCACAAUUUCAGCCCAUCCCGUCCGUGAAGAAAGUCAAGGUCGCAGGCGACCCUGGGACAAGCGAGCCUCAGCCAGGGUUCCAGGAUCCCCUCAAGAAGAGCAUGGGCAUGUGGCGAUCUGGGUUAGGUGCGCAAAUUCAACUCCAGGACCGACUCAGGCCUGCUGUUGAUGUGCCCUUGCUGGCUCAGGAGGCCCCAGCCCCGGCCCGUAGUGCUCAAUGUGUGGAUGAUGCUCCGGGUGGCCAAGGGAAACUCGUGGCCAACACGCCGCCCGCACUUUCCGAGUCUGACAGGAUGGAAGUCGGAAAGGAGCAAGUGGGAGCUUUUGAGCUGCUGAGGCCUGCCUGUCCAGUGGACAAAUCGGAGGGGCACAAGGCACAACCUUCUCCAUGCACCCAACAGCCUUGCCAGGCAGGGGUUCUGACAUUGGAGGGGCACAAUGCUGGCAACAAGGAAGGGUGCCACGACGUGGGCCAGAGACCUGCAGGGACAGAAAAUGUGCCUGCAGGAUGGGGAAAGAAGGGCCAAGGGUUGGGAAGUCAGGGUUCCAAACCAGCACAAGAGUUGGGGCGUAAGUCUGGCACGCCCAAGUCAGGCUCGAAGCUGAAGGCCAAGGCGAAACCAGAGGGGCCUGGUGGUGUGGAGGACUGCUGUGGUGGUGAUGUCAUGGUCACAGUGCCCACCGACCUCUUCAAACUGGGAAGCCUGCAUGACGUCCUCAACCUGGGCACGUGGCACAAGUGCCUGAAUGAGCCAGAACGCAAGUUCUUGAGGCAAUUCUUGCCUGAGGGAGCCACAGAGGAAGCAGAGGGCCUGCUAGAUAAGCUGCUCAGAGGGAAAGAGAAUUUCCAUUUUGGCAACCCUGUCAUGCGGUUAUGGGGCCUCCUUGUUGAAGGGGAGUGCCACCCACGUGUGGUCAAGUACCGUGAGGGGCUUCGGUGCUUGCACCAUGCAGAGCACUUCCACGCGUUGAGGGAGUACCACAAUCGAAUGGUCACAGAGCUUAUGGAGAUGGCAACGGUGUUUGAACAGUGCAAGAACGCAGACAUCAGCAAAAAGCUGGAACUUUGGAACCGAAUGACAGCCCACAGGGGAACAAGCGUUGCCAGCAGUGCAGGUGAUGGCCACGCUUGCUCAACCGUGCUCAAAAAUGAAAGUACUACUGAACUACAAGCGAGCAGCUGUGAUAAGCCAUCAAACGUUUAG